AUGUCUGACGUUGGUGUGGACGACCACCUCCCUGUUAUCGCUGGGGAGAUGAUCCAACACCUCGUUGCCCACAUCGCGCCAGAGGUCACAGCGCUCGAGGGUGAGACAUGGGUCUUGAUCGUCGACACAGUCAUCCUCGUCCUCACAAUCAUCGGCGCGUGCUUUGUCCUCGGCGGCAUGGCAAUGAAUGAAAUCCGCAAGCGGGCGUCCACAACACGCAUGCGCCUCGUACAGUCGCUCAUCAUCAGCGACGUCAUGUUGGGCGUUGUGGGCCUGAUCGGCUGCACCCUCUCGCUGGACGGCCGGCCGCUCAUACUCGAUACGCCUACGUGCGACGGCCUCGGUGUCAUGUUUCACGCUAUCAUCUUCUCCCAGCAUUGCUGGACGCUCACCCUCGCCUUCUGCACAUUCAUGAUUCUCACCAAGCCGCUACACAUUGUCACAUCGUGGAUUGAGAAGUAUUGGGCCUGGACAUGGGUCGUAGUUUGGGUCAUCUCCUUCACCGUCUCGGUCACCACCUACAUCAUCUACGGCUACCAGCCCGCUGGCGGCAUCUGCUACCUGGGCAACAACACUGGGCUGUUCGGCGAGCUCAUUCAGUUCCUGCCGCGCGCCAUCGUGUUCCUCUUCAUCACCUUUUUCUAUGGCAAGCUAUACGUCUUCCUCCGCCGACCCGACAAGAUUCGCAGCGGACUGUCGGACCACUCGGCUGGCGAGUCGAGUUUCUCCAAAAUCAAGCACUCGUGGAUGGGCAACUCGCGCUCCCGCAUGCCGUUUAUGAAGAACCGCCAGACCAAGACUGUUGUCUUGAACCACAAGGGUCAGCGGAUUGGCAUCGACACGGGGUUGAGCCACACCGCCUCGAACGCAAGCCACAUGAGCGCUGCGAACGUCCCCAAGUCCAGACCCGCGCCGAUUGAGGUGGAGAAGCAGAAGCCCACGUCAGAGCCACAACGCACCAGGUCGCAGCAUCGUGCAAAGUCGCCAAGUCGCGCCAAGUCGCCAGACCCAGAUCUUCCGCCGUGGGAGCGUAUUGAGCUUCCCGUCUUCCAGAUCGACGGGCAGAAAUACGGCGGUUCGUCCACCACGCCUGCUCGGGAAGGGACAUGGGCCGAGUGGCGCUUCAGCAGCCGCAAGGCCGGCAGAUCAUCCACGCCUGUCGAGACAGCUUCCCCCACUCCAGCCACAUCUCCUCUCACCUCACCAAUCAGGGAGAAGUUCGACAAGACGCUCCAAAAAUCCUUUACCCCCAGUUCGUCCACCUGUGACAAGUCGCAGCCCUCCCCGGGGCUGUCUUCCUUCUCUAGCGUCGGACUCCGCACCGUGAACGGGCUCAACGGGUCGAACUGGGGUAGCGACACGACCUACAGCAGCACCCCAACCGCAGUCGACUCCCAGUUCAGUCGCCGCCCAUCGCAGGCAAGCGGUACCUCCCUUCCAGGACCAAGCGAGGUCACGAAGCCCAUGCGAGCAUUCGCACGCGACGGUCCCUCACCAAUGGACAGCUUCAACCCCGAGGAGCGCCGUCCGUCGUUGCCCAACAUCGCCUCAGGCAACGGCUCCGAGCCUAUCCCGAACCCGUGGCGCCGCCCAUCGUACUGCCCCCCUUUCUUCCGCCCAGGGCCCCGCACGUCGCCAACGGCUCUUGCACAGACGACCACUCUUACCGAGGUUGACAUCGAAAAGGGUUUCCUCGUCGUCGAGGAGGACGAGACGCGCAACGCCGCAUCUGCCGCCGACGUGGACGAAGACGGUUGGGACUUGAAGCGUUUCCUGGAAGCUGAGCCCGUCCCGGCAGGCAACGACCCGUUCGUCAUCACGCAGCGUUCCGAGAACGUCGAAUACGUUCCAGAGAGCAUGGCGAGCUACCUGAACCGCAAGACGGCGCUACUCAUGCUCUGGUUCCCGCUCGGCUAUCUCCUCCUCUUCUCCGUAUCCCUCAUCCACAUCAUCUACGAUUUUGUCGGCUACCCGCCCGACCAGCUGCGCGCCAUCGCCCGCUGGAUGAUUUUCGGGCAGGGCCUGCUGAACGGCAUCAUCUACGGUGUCGUCGAGUGGCACACGAAGCGCGUCGUUCGCCGGCGUGUGCGCCGCGGGACAUUCUCGCCGCACACGUCGCAGCGCUCGUCGCAACAUGUUUCAGGGCUGCAGGCGCUCCGCCACCCCAUUCGAUACUACCACGAACACCACUCGAAUUCGCAGUCGCAGUCGCAUCACAAAACGGGCGACCUGACGAGCAUAGGCACGGGCCAGAUUGCAUCUCGCCGCUCGCCGCAGGUCAGCUUUGUCGACCCAGAAUCAAGCAUCAUGCAGCGUCUCGACCUCAAGUUGGGGCCGACGCUGGACGAGUAUUAG